AUGAACUCUUCGCCAGUUUUAGUGACUGUGAUGCUAUUCAUGCUUGGAAGGACCCACGGAGACUCAGUGACCCAAAAAGAAGGUCAAGUGAUCCUCUCAGAAGAUGACUUCCUACUUAUAAACUGUACUUAUUCAGCUACAGGGUACCCGACUCUCUUCUGGUAUGUCCAAUAUCCUGGAAAAGGUCCACAGUUCCUUUUGAAAGUCACAACACCCAAUAACAAGGGAAGCAGCAGAGGUUUUGAAGCUACGUAUGAUAAAAGGAACACGUCCUUCCACUUGCAGAAAGCCUCAGUACAAGAGUCGGACUCGGCUGUGUACUACUGUGCUCUGAGUGACACAGUGGCAGAAACCACAGAGGGAGCUGAGCACAAACUGAGAGGGGUGAGCAGCCAGCAAAAGGUGCAGCAGAGUCCAGAAUCCCUCAUUGUCCCAGAGGGAGACACAGCCUCUCUCAACUGCACUUUCAGUGAUAGUGCCUCUAAUUCUUUCUGGUGGUACAGACAGCAUUCUGGGAAAGGCCCCAAGGCUCUGAUGUCCAUCUUCUCCAAUGGUGACAAGCAAGAAGGCAGAUUCACAGUUCACCUCAAUAAAGCCAGCCUGCAUGUUUCCCUGCACAUCAAUGACCCUCAACCCAGUGACUCUGCUGUCUACCUCUGUGCAGUGAGCACACAGUGCUCCCCAGCCACCUGCAGCCUGCACACAAACCUACUGUACGAAGAAGACCUGAGAUAG